AUGGCUGAAUUGGUUGGAGGAGCUCUUCUCUCUGCUUUGCUUAAUCCAUUGGUGAACAAGUUAACUGCUGAGGUUAAGGACUUCUUCAAAGGAAAAGAUGCCAUUCUCAAGCUGUUGAAGGAGUUCAAAACUUUGCUGUCCUCUGCUGAUCUGCUGCUCAUUGAUGCUGAGGAGAAGCUCAUCAAAGACCCAAGAGUAAGAAAAUGGCUUGAUGAUCUCAAGGAUGUCAUUUAUGAUGCAGACGACUUGGUUUACAAGAUCGACACUGAAGCAUGGCGAAACGAACUUGAAGGUGGUGGUCCUUAUGAAUCUCAUAGCAGCUGCAGUUGUGCUAGUAAGGCACUCAUGAGACUCAUCUCAUCAACUCCUCUAACUUCAUUUGAUAAGAGCAUAAAACCUGAGAUAGAAGAGACACUUGAGAAAUUGAAGCUUCUUCUAGACAACAAAGAUCUUGGUUUGGAACGUGUGAAAAAUCAUAAGAAGCCAGAGAGGAUAUGUGGUCCUUUGGUGGAAGAAUCUGAUGUUUAUGGAAGGGAUGUUGAUAAAGAAGCUAUUGUUAAAUUGCUUCUUUCGGGUGAUACGAGUAGUGGUGACAAAUUGUCAGUGAUCCCUAUAGUGGGGAUGGGCGGUAUUGGAAAGACUACUCUCAUUCAGCUUGCAUACAGUGAUGAUAGAGUCGUUAAAAUGUUUAAUACCAGAGUGUGGGUUACUGUGGGAGACGAUGAAAAAGUGAACAGUUCUAAAGUUAUGAAAGCAAUUAUUCUGAAGGUCACAUCUGCCAAAUGUGAAAUUGAAGAGGAGUUUGAAGUUUUAAAUGAAGUCAAGAAGGUUUUAACUGGGAAGACGUUUCUCAUUGUUCUUGACGAUAUUUGGGACGAAGAUAGCAACAGAUGGGAGGUCAUAAAAAGUACUUUUCAAUCAGGAUUCCCAGGAAGCAAAAUCAUUGUGACAACACGUAGCAAUAAGGUUGCAUCAAUUAUGGAAACUACAUCAUCAACUUAUUUUCUAAGCACUAUAUCUUUUGACAAAGGUUGGCAAUUAUUUGUUAAAUGUGCUGCACUCAAUGUCAACUCACAUGAGUACUCAUAUCUUCAAGUAAUUGGUCAAAAAAUUGUUGAAAAGUGUAAUGGGCUUCCUUUAGCUAUAAAAUCACUUGGUGGUCUUUUACGUGGGAAACAGAAUAAGGAGGAUUGGGAGGACAUAUUAAACAACGAUAUAUGGGGGUUGUAUGAGAGUGAGAGUGUUGGUAUUCUUCCAGCUUUAUGGCUGAGCUAUUUUUAUUUACCUUCACAUUUGAAGUCUUGUUUCUCUUAUUGUGCUAUAUUUCCUAAAGAUUAUGAAUACACUGAAGAAGAGAUGAUUUUAUUGUGGAUGGCUGAAGGUCUUUUACUUCCUAAGAAGGGAACAAGAAUUGAAGAAAUCGGAAAGAAGUACUUCAAAGAUCUAAUCUCAAUGUCAUUUUUUCAACCAUCAAAUAACAAUGCGAAGGAGCCAACUUUUAUCAUGCAUGAUCUUAUACAUGAUUUGGCAAUCUUUAUUUCUGGUGAGUUUUCUUUGACAAUAAAUAAUAUCAGACAAUGUUCUCACAAGGUUCGUCAUUUUUCAUACCAGCAAGGAUGUGCGAAAGGCAAUGACCCUAAGGAAUUUGAGGAGUUAUUUAAAGCUAAGUACCUGCACACCAUAUUGUGGAAAGAACGUCUAACCAUUGAUCAGCUAAUGAUUGAGCAGUUGGACAAGUCAUUUCCAAGCUUGAGGGUACUACACAUAUCUGAUUAUAACAUCACCAAGUUUCCUUAUUCAAUAGGCAAUUUGAAGUAUUUAAGAUAUUUGAAGUUAGAUUGUCGCAACAUUGAAGAAAUAUCUAAUACAAUAUGUAAGUUGUAUAAUUUGGAGACACUAUUGUUGGAGGAAUGUUAUUCAGUUUCUCGACUACCAAAUGAUAUAGGAAAUUUAACCAAGUUGCGACAUCUUAGUGUUCCCUUCGAUUUAGUAGAGAUGCCAUUGCAGUUCGGGAAGCUACAAAAUUUGCAAACACUAAAUAGAUUUGUUGUGGGAAGUAAUAGAGAUUCUGGUGGUAUUGAAUUGUUGAAAGAGUUUUCAGAUCUACACGGUAGUCUUUCUAUUAAUGGACUAGAAAAUGUGAGUAGCCUUGAGGAAGUUUCAGAUGCACCAUUAUUAAAGAGUAAGAAGUCUCUUAGCCACCUAUUUUUAAUAUGGGAUAGUGAACCUAAACUUGAUGAGUUGCACAAAGAAAGAGAGGUACUCAGUGCCUUCCAGCCUCAUCCAAACUUGAAGAAACUAAAGAUUGAGAACUAUAAUGGCAACGGUUUCCCAAAUUGGAUGGGAGAUCCUCACUGCUUGUCUAAUUUAGUAAGCAUGGAGAUGAGACGUUGUGGUAAAUGCAGCUUCUUGCCGUCGUUGGGACAACUGCCUUCUCUAAAAGAUCUUAUCAUUCAGGAUUGUGGUGUGGUGAAAAUAGAUUCAAAGUUUUAUUGCACUUCUAGUACUAGUGUUGAUUCUUCUGUUGCAAUACAAACAAAGCCAUUCUUUAGAUCUUUGGAAAACAUGGUAUUUCAGAAAUUGUUUGAGUUGGAAGAGUGGUCAUUUAUGGAAGGUGGAGGUUUUCCUCGUCUUAAGAGUGUUCAUUUUGAGUAUUGUCAUAAACUAAAAGUGACAUUGUUAGGAGAUUAUUUUCCGUCAUUGAUAGAGCUUGUAGUAGAUGGCUGUGAGGAACUAAUACCAUUAUUACUUCCAAGAGCUCAACUCAUGCAGGCCCCUUUGAUAACUUUAAAGAAGAUUAGAAUUGACAAUUGUUCAACUUUGACACACUUAGACGAGGCGGCCUUUCAGCACCUCACCUCCCUUGAAAAGUUACAAAUUUAUUUCUGUAGUAACCUCCGAUGCUUGCCAAAAGAACUACCUACUUCUCUUUCUGAGCUAGUCAUUUUCGAUUGUCCAUUGCUAAGACCACGAGUCCAGAGGGAGACAGGGGAGGACUGGCCAAUAAUUGCUCACAUCCGAAAUAUAACUGUAAAUGACAAGAAAAUAUAG